UCAACAAACAAAAAUAUCAAUGGAUUGUGAGUUGAGACCCAAUAAUAAAAAAAGCAAUAAAAUAUAAUAUAUUAAGUGAGAAUUUAACAAAUUUUUUUGUAAAUAAACAUUAAAAAGUAAAUAAACAUAUUUUUUUUAAGAAGAAAAUUACAACACCGACACUAGCAAUUAUAAUUCAUAAUCACAAGUAAAAAUGUCAUCUGACAGCAGUAAUAGCAGUGACGAUGAAAGUAGAAAUAAAUCACGAAGAAAACGACGAGGUUAUCAAAAAACUAAUAGCAGUGAUCAUCAUCGAGAAAGUAAUCGUGGUAGAUAUGAUGCUGACAGAAAUGAUAGACGAAAUAAAUUUCACAAAAAUAAUAGCCGACAAGAAAGAAAACGAAGAUUAGAAACUCCACCACCAAGGAGAAAUGAUCAUCCACGACAUAUGGACGAUGAAGGUCCAUCAAAAAGAUCUAAAGAUGAUAGGCAACGUGAUUUUAAAAAUAAUAAACGUGAUAGUAAAAGUAGUUUUGAAAGAGAAAGAAUUAAAAAAGAAGCAUCGCCACAAUGGGGAAAAGCGAAUAUAAAAAAUGAAGAGAAACCAAAACCACAAGAGAAAGAAAAACCAAAUUUUGGAUUAUCAGGUAAAUUAACUGAAGAUACAAAUACAGUUAAUGGAGUUGUUAUAAAAUAUGCUGAACCCGAUGAUGCAAUGAAACCAAAAAGAAGAUGGAGAUUGUAUCAAUUUAAAGGAGAAAAAUCAUUGCCUACACUUUAUAUUCAUCGUCAAUCGGCAUUUUUAAUGGGUAGAGAUCGAAAAAUUGCUGAUAUUCCUUUAGAUCAUCCUUCAUGUUCAAAACAACAUGCGGCAUUGCAAUAUCGUUUAGUUCCAUAUUCAAGAGAGGAUGGUUCACAAGGUCGACGUGUACGACCCUAUUUAAUUGAUUUAGAAUCAGCGAAUGGAACAUUUGUCAAUGAUGUCAAAUUAGAAGGAAGAAGGUAUCACGAAUUACUUGAACGAGAUGUUAUUAAAUUUGGAUUUAGUACACGAGAAUAUGUUUUGCUUCAUGAGAAAAGUAAGGACGAAGAUCAAGAUGACGAUGUUCCCAGUAGUUCAAAAUAGAUAUUUUUCAAUCUACAUACCUUGCGUUUGGAACAGUAAAUUAAAAUCACUAACUAUCAAUGAAAACAAGAUGGAAGUUUUAGACACGAUAAAAUAGAAUUGCAAUUUAGGUAUGCUACAAUUUUUUUUUUUUUUAGUGGUAUUUACUAACACAUUUAGAAAAAGAAUUUCGAUAAUUCUUCUUUUAUCUACGUUAAUUGGUGAUAUUAGAUUUAAAUCAAUAUUUAAAAAUUAUUACUUCUUAUUCUGAAAUUCCGAAAUAUAAUUCAAAUUCAAUAAAUAAUUGUAGUUCAAUACCUAAUUAACGUUUAAAUUAAUUUUAGGAAACGAUUGUAAUUAAACUCACAUUUAAUUUUCGAAUAUUACGAGAUUCGUAUCUUCGAUUUGCUUAUUUUGGUAUUUACAAUGACUUCGAAAAAUUGAGAUAAUUACAUUUAAAAAAAAAAAUCAAAAAUUUGAAGACAGGUGAGUUUGAUUAAAUUAUAAUUACAAUUGUAAUUAAUUAAUAAUAAUCAAUGUAUGAUUACUCAAUUUGAUGAGUAUUUGUAAAUAAUAAAUGCAAUGUAUAUAAAAUUUCUCAAAAUGAUGACAAAUUUAUUUACAAUCGUUAUAUAAAAAAAAAAACAUUGUUAACAUUAAUUUUCAUUUUUCAUGUUUACAAACGUAUACAAAGUAAUUAAAAAAAUAGUGGAGCGCAAUUACAUAAAUUUAUACAUAUAAACAAUAUACAGGGCCAUAUAACUUUAGAAUUACUGCUGUGAAUUUUGUCAAAAAAAUUGCUACAUAAAAUCCUCAAAUAUAUAAAAGAAAAAUAAUCUGAUCUUUCAUUCCCUAAUUAUUAAUGAUACUUGUAAAUUAUUUUCUCAAUUGAAAUAUAAUUUAAAUAGAGUUUUAAACUUCGAUUGUCUUUCCAAGAAAAAAAAAAAAAUUAUACGUAUUUUUGAGUGAAGUAUGUUAUAUAUAACUUUCGUUUAAUAAAAAUUAUAUUUCUAGUCCA